CGGACGCCGCACGCUCUAUCGGCCUAAUUACACACAUAACUCGAUUCCUUUCUCGAAUACAAAUCGAUACCUAUCCGAUUAAUCAAGAAGAAUAACGUGCCAAACGAAUCCUAUGCUCAAAACGAAACAAUUGAUAGUUACCACUUAACGUACUGUAGCGCCAAUUACAAUGUAAAAUUUUGAUCUGUGGUUGGUGUCAGUGAAUGGUUUGUGUGUAUUCGUGUAGUAGUAAAUUAAUUGGUGACGAUGUGUACAUAACAGGUGUAACGUUUGUGAGUGACAUUAAGUAGUUUUACAGAAUGAGAGGGGCGAACGCAAUAUUCCUUAUUUUAUUCUUCGGACAUCUAUCAGCCCUGCCUGACACCAUCCGAAUAGGUGGACUUUUCCACCCGGAAGAUGACAAGCAGGAGGUCGCGUUUCGGUACGCAGUGGAGCGAGUGAAUGCGGACAGGGCAGUGUUACCCAGAGCUAAGCUAUUGGCGCAAGUAGAGACCAUCUCGCCACAAGACAGCUUCCAUGCUUCCAAACGAGUGUGUCACCUGCUACGAAGUGGCGUGGCGGCCAUCUUUGGCCCCCAGUCUGCGCCAGCUGCCGCCCACGUCCAGUCAAUAUGUGACACUAUGGAACUCCCACAUUUGGAAACCAGGUGGGAUUACCGCACCAGAAGAGAAUCAUGUUUGGUCAACCUUUAUCCACACCCAGCUGCACUGAGUCGAGCUUACGUAGAUUUAGUGAGAGCUUGGGGAUGGCGGUCGUUUACAAUAGUUUACGAGAACAGUGACGGCUUAGUUCGUCUUCAAGAGUUGCUCAAAGCUCACGGUCCGUCGGAACUGCCUGUUGCUGUGAGGCAACUGCCAGAUUCUCAUGAUUACAGGCCACUUUUGAAGCAAAUAAAGAAUUCAGCAGAGUCGCAUAUUGUAUUAGAUUGUGCCACAGAGAGGAUACGAGACGUACUUCAACAAGCACAGCAAAUAGGAAUGAUGUCUGACUAUCAUAGUUAUUUAAUAACGUCCCUGGACCUUCACAGCGUAGAUUUAGAAGAAUUCAAAUACGGUGGCACAAAUAUUACAGCUUUAAGAUUACUUGACCCUGAACGUGCUGAUGUCCAAAGAGUCGUAAGGGAUUGGGUUUACGAUGAAGCCCGAAAAGGACGUAAACUCCAAUUGGGACAUACGACGGCUAAGGAAAACAUGACCUUUAUAAAGACGGAAACGGCUUUAAUGUACGAUGCAGUACAUCUAUUCGCGAAGGCUCUGCACGAUCUUGACACGUCACAACAAAUAGACGUAAGGCCACUCUCCUGCGAGGCUGAAGACACGUGGCCCCAUGGGUACAGCCUCAUCAAUUACAUGAAAAUCGUCGAAAUGAAAGGCUUAACCGGAGUGAUAAAGUUUGAUCAUCAAGGAUUCAGAAGCGAUUUCACUCUAGAUAUAAUUGAAUUAACGAGGGACGGACUGCAAAAGGCUGGAACUUGGAACUCUUCAGAAGGUGUGAAUUACACGAGAUCUUACGGCGAAAACCAAAAGCAGAUAGUGGAAAUACUUCAGAACAAGACGCUCAUCGUAACAACCAUUCUGAGCUCGCCAUAUUGUAUGAGGAGAGAGGCCAGCGAGAAGCUAACGGGCAACGCACAGUUCGAGGGUUACGCCAUUGAUCUAAUUCACGAGAUAUCUAAAAUUCUGGGCUUCAAUUAUACAUUCAAGCUGGCGCCUGACGGUCGAUACGGGUCCUACAACCGUGAGACUAAAGAGUGGGACGGCAUGAUAAGGGAAUUGUUGGAGCAGCGAGCCGACCUCGCCAUCGCUGAUCUAACCAUUACAUACGACAGGGAGCAAGUGGUUGACUUCACAAUGCCGUUCAUGAAUCUCGGCAUUUCCGUGCUUUACCGCAAGCCCAUUAAGCAACCGCCGAACUUGUUCUCGUUCCUAUCACCGCUCUCCCUCGACGUGUGGAUUUAUAUGGCUACCGCAUAUCUCGGCGUAUCCGUUCUGCUCUUUAUAUUGGCAAGGUUCACUCCAUACGAAUGGCAUCCAACGCACACUCCUGAUGGUGAGAAAAUGGAAAAUAUUUUCUCUCUAGCAAACUGUUUAUGGUUUGCCAUCGGAUCUCUUAUGCAGCAAAGUUGUGAUUUUUUGCCCAAGUUCAGCCCGUACGAGUGGGACUCCCCCAGGAACUGCCUAGACGAGCCGCCGGUGCUGGAGAAUCAGUUCACUCUCUUGAACUCGCUGUGGUUCACUAUCGGCUCCUUGAUGCAGCAAGGUUCGGAUAUCGCGCCGAAAGCGGUAUCGACUCGCAUGGUGGCGGGAAUGUGGUGGUUCUUCACUUUGAUCAUGAUAUCGUCGUACACCGCCAACCUCGCCGCGUUCCUCACUGUAGAGCGAAUGGACUCACCAAUUGAGAGUGCUGAAGAUCUCGCCAAACAGACCAAGAUUAAGUACGGCGCACUAAAGGGAGGCUCCACUGCUGCAUUUUUCAGGGACUCAAACUUCUCCACAUACCAACGAAUGUGGUCUUUCAUGGAAUCUGCUCGACCGUCGGUAUUUGCGACCAGUAACAAGGAGGGAGAAGAGAGAGUGGUUCGAGGAAAAGGCGCAUAUGCUUACCUUAUGGAGUCAACCACUAUUGAAUAUGUUGUGGAAAGGAAUUGUGACCUCACGCAAGUGGGGGGUAUGCUGGACUCAAAGGGAUACGGGAUCGCCAUGCCACCAAACUCGCCAUACCGUACGGCCAUAAGCGGGGCUGUUCUCAAACUGCAGGAGGAAGGAAAAUUGCACAUUCUGAAAACAAAAUGGUGGAAAGAGAAACGUGGCGGAGGGUCUUGUAGGGACGAGACAUCGAAAUCGUCAUCAACAGCGAACGAGCUAGGGUUGGCAAACGUCGGCGGAGUGUUCGUCGUACUAAUGGGUGGGAUGGGCGUCGCGUGCGUCAUCGCCGUCUGCGAAUUCGUCUGGAAGUCGCGCAAAGUUGCCGUUGACGAACGAAAGGAAGAGGCCUCACUAUGCUCGGAGAUGGCAUCGGAGCUGCGGUCGGCGCUGAAGUGCCCGGGCGGCGGCGCUGGCGGCGGCGGCGGCGGGCCGGGCGGGGCUCGUGACGGCGCGGGCUCGCCCUACCUGCACUACGGGUUCAGUACCAAGAGUCAGCUGCACUAGCGGCCGGAGCCCGCCGCCUCGCCCCCCAGCGACGUGUAGGCACCGCGCGGCGGACGCUCCAAUAAACCCUCGCUGCUCCCGACACGACUCCACUGAACCCAUAGCCCGCUGUGAAUGUUCAAAUUAGUUGGAUUCGUUUCGACUCGAUGCGUAGAUGUUUACGAUAUAUUAUUGUAAAUAAAUUCAUAUCUAAUUUGUAUAGGCUAAGUACUGUUGUAAUUUAAGCGAGCGAUGUUAUACAAUUUUUAUAUUGUUUUGAAAAUCAAUAAGUAUUUAUUUGUAAUAAGUACAACCUCUUGCCAAAGAUACACGUGCCAAAUUUUGGAAUAUUCUUGUCCACGCGUGUAAUUAAUAUGCACACGGUGGCACGACUGGUGAAAAUAAUUAUUUGUUCAUGUUUAACUUGGUAUCGAUUUGAGAUAAAUUAUGUGUUACCAAAUCUGUAGAUAUCUAAUAAUCGACGUUUUAUAUCUUUGAAUCGAUUAGAAUAAAGUGACAUUUCAUUAAAAUAGAAUGAGAGAAUGUUAAUAUUUCCAGUUAAAUUAAUUGUAAAUACGAUACAGUGGUACUGCCAAAGUAGGUUUAAUAAUUAGGAAAAUUUACAACGGAUAAGUAAGUCUCAUAAUUUGUUUAUUGCUACGAGUAUGACGACGGGAAACACAAAUUCACUCCCGUGGAAAAUUUAAAUGAUAAUAAUUAUACAUUUAAUGCAUGUAAACUUAGAAUAACGAUGCAAAUUGGAAUAACGAUGAAAAUUAACGAACCGGUCACAUGCGUGGCAUUAUCACUCGGUGUCGUUUGAUACUCUGUGUGAUACCGUGCAUGAUACUUGUAAAUGGUGUCUGAUACGAUCGGUUGGCUCAACAUGUGCCAAAUAUGUUGCUCUGUUCACUGUCUGUACUAUAUUUUGUAAGUUUACAUU